AUUCCACCGUAUAAUCUGUCCCACUCCUCUCUCUUUUCACUCCUAGCUUUCCCUUCGAUCUCAAUCUAAAAUCCCAACCACCAUUGCUUCAGUUUCAGAAGCAAACUGCAUUUUCUUCUAAUUCUAGGUUAUUCUAAUCACUUGUUUACUAAAGUUUGACAAUUUAAUUUAGUUAAUUCUUGUUAUUUUUCGCGAAAAAAAAAAAAGAAACGAAAAAGAAAGCUGAUCAGGAUUCAGAAACAGAGUGGUGAGAAGCUGAUAAACAAAGAAAGGGGUCGGAGAUCUGAAAUCUGCCAAAAUUUCGACUGCCAUCAUUUCGUAUUCAGUGCAUUCAUUCGUUCAUUUCCAUCAAUUCACGCUUUCCUAGACCAUAAAUAAACGGGCCAUCGCUCUUUCUCUCUCUCCCUCUGCGCAUCAAAUUUUCCAGAGUUCUGGCAUUUUUCUUGAAGACUGUGGAGGGUUGCUCAUUUUGUACCGGAUGCUAUGAUGCAUUUAUAGGCCUUUAGUUUCUAUUUGAUCACUGAUUGUCUCGUGGGAUUUUUGGAUCUGCUUCUUUUUAUCUCUGGCAAAGUAAAGGUGUGUUUUUAGCUCUCAUAUCUACUAGGGUUUAAGGUUUGUAGGAAGAUUAGCUUUUUGAGGGGCGAAAAUUUGCUACUACUGCAUCAUAUUGAUUUUGAGGUGGUAUUAGCAAGUUUUCCAAUUGACCGUAGAAUUAUCCAAAUGGUUCAGAUGUAAUGCAUUUAUUUUGCCUCCCCAUUGUCUUGUCUUGUUGAUUUGCCAAGGGGAUAUCUUCUCCUCAAAUCUUAUCCUUUUGGGGACAGAGGUGCACUCUGGGGAGUCAAUUUUCAGGUUGGGUUUUGUAGGGUUUAAGCAAUUGUUCUCGUUUGGGGAUUCGGUAUGUUAUUGUCUCUUGUAUUCUUGCUGUUGAUGGAUUCUUUAUGUCUUCCGAUAAGCCAUUGCUGCCCGAAUCUGAACCAUUCUCUACUCCAAACCCCCAGCCCCUACAUCAGCGCCUUAACUCGUCCUUGAGAUUCAGCUCAUUGCGAUGUUUGCGCCGUGGCAGAUCAUUCUCUUCCGGGGUGUCUGAUGAGACGCAAGAUUGCGAUUUGUAUCAUCUGAAGGAGUUUGAGAAUAAUUCUGCUGCACUUGAAGGUGAAUCUCUUUCAGGAAAUUUAUCAGAACGCCCUGCAUUCCAGCUUGGAAGAAAGGGAUUUUUGUCAUUUGAUCUCCGUCAACAAUGCCCCUCAAGAGCACGGAAACGCUUUGUGUCAUGGGGUGGUGUAAUGGAUGUGCAGCAGAAUGAUAAAGCCGUUGAAGUUUCUGGGGCUUCAUCUCACAUUUCUCCUUCUUGGUUACAGGCCGUGGACAAACCUCAGACAUCUCAGAGGUCUGAGAGGUUUUUUCACUUAAGUAUGCAGCUUGAAGAUAAUAUGUCACGUCAUGAUAACCCCAGGUUGAUACAUAUUAAUGAUCCAAAGACGACAUGUGAUAAUUCUCAGUUUUCUGGGAACGAGAUCCGCACCAGCAAGUACACAUUGCUUAACUUCUUGCCCAAAAACCUUUUCAUUCAGUUUCACAGGGUGGCUUAUUUGUAUUUUUUAGCCAUUGCUGCUUUGAACCAGCUUCCCCCUCUUGCUGUAUUUGGCAGAACUGUUUCCCUAUUCCCUCUUCUUUUUGUGCUUACUGUCACGGCUGUCAAAGAUGGUUAUGAGGAUUGGCGGAGACACAGGUCUGACAGGAAUGAGAAUAAUCGGGAGGCACUAGUGCUACAAUCAGAUGGAUUUCGUCCCAAAAGGUGGAAAAUGAUUCAGGCUGGUGAGGUAUUGAAGAUCAGUUCCGAUGAAACUAUUCCUUGUGAUAUGGUGUUGCUAGGAACGAGUGAUCCUAGUGGAAUUGCCUACAUACAGACGAUGAAUUUGGACGGCGAGUCAAACUUGAAAACAAGGUAUGCUCGACAAGAAACUAAUAAACUUUUUCUUGAAGGGACUAUGAUAUCUGGUAUCAUCACUUGUGAGCAGCCAAACAGGAAUAUCUAUGAGUUCAUGGCCAAUAUGGAGCUGAAUGGGCAUUGUCUUCCUCUCAGCCAAUCCAAUAUCGUUUUGCGUGGCUGUCAGCUGAAGAACACGGAAUGGGCAAUUGGUGUUGUGGUUUAUGCUGGGCAGGAUACAAAAGCUAUGCUGAAUAGUGCAAUGUCCCCUUCUAAAAGAAGCAGACUGGAAACCUACAUGAACCGGGAGACAUUUUGGUUAUCAGUUUUCCUUCUAAUCAUGUGCCUUGUUGUUGGCCUAGGGAUGGGUUUAUGGUUAAACCGCCAUAAGUCUCAGCUUGAUACCAUGCCUUACUACCGGAAAGUUUACUUCCAAAAGGGAAAAGAUGGCAAGAAGUACAAGUAUUAUGGAAUUCCCAUGGAGACAUUUUUCUCAUUCUUGAGUUCUAUCAUAGUUUUCCAGAUAAUGAUUCCGAUAUCCCUCUAUAUCACGAUGGAGUUGGUGCGGUUGGGGCAAUCAUAUUUUAUGAUUGGUGAUCAGCAUAUGUACGACAGUUUGAGCAAUUCUAGGUUUCAGUGCAGAUCCCUGAAUAUUAAUGAGGACUUGGGGCAAAUACGAUAUAUACUGUCUGAUAAGACAGGCACACUGACAGAAAACAAGAUGGAAUUCAAGAAAGCAAGUAUCUGGGGGAAAAGUUAUGGUGACUCUAAAGAUGGUUCACAGGACACAGAUGCUGAAGUGGAAGAGACUAUGGUGGGUGGAAGAAAAUGGAAGCUUAAAUCCGAAAUCACCCCUGAUCCUGAACUCAUCAAAUUAUUGUACAAAGAUCUACAUGGAGAAGAAAGAAUUGCUGCGCAUGAGUUUUUUCUGACUCUGGCAGCUUGUAACACUGUGAUACCCAUCCUUACUGGAAGUCCUUCAAGUAUUUCUGGCAGUUCAUUGAGUGAUGGCCCUACCUCUAUAGACUAUCAAGGUGAGUCUCCCGAUGAACAGGCACUGGUUGCAGCUGCCUCUGCUUAUGGCUAUACGCUUUUUGAGCGGACAUCUGGGCAUAUUGUGAUUGAUGCCAAUGGUGAGAAAUUAAGGUUGGAUGUAUUGGGUUUGCAUGAGUUUGAUAGUGUGCGUAAAAGAAUGUCGGUUGUCAUUAGAUUUCCCAAUGGUACUGUAAAGGUGUUGGUGAAGGGGGCUGAUACAUCAAUGUUCAGCAUCUUAGAAAAAGAUCUUCCAUGUGAUGAUCGCAUGAGACAUGUAACGCAAGGUCAUCUGAAUGAUUAUUCAUCUGAAGGUUUACGCACCCUGGUUGUUGCAGCUAGGGAUCUUAAUGGUGAACUCCUUGCAGAGUGGCAACACAUGUAUGAAGAUGCAUGCACAUCUUUGACUGAUAGAGUUGUAAAACUGCGCCAAACAGCAGCUCUCAUUGAAUGCAACCUGACCCUUCUUGGAGCCACAGCUAUUGAGGACAGGUUACAAGAGGGUGUACCAGAAGCCAUCGAGUCCCUGCGGCAGGCCGGAAUAAAGGUGUGGGUUCUCACUGGUGAUAAGCAAGAGACAGCAAUAUCUAUUGGUCUCUCUUGCCGACUCUUGACUCCAGAUAUGCACCAAAUCAUUAUCAAUGGAAAUUCAGAACAUGAAUGCAGAAAACUAUUAUGUGACGCCAAGGCCAAAUACCAUGUCAAUUCUGCAAGUUGCUUUGACAAUAUGACAAAUUUGAAGAGGAAGACUGAACUUAAUUUUGUUGAAAUGUCUUCUCAAACAAAGUCUUCCAAUGUGUCUCAACAGAUUGUAGGCGAGGAAGACCGACCUACUUUUGGCCCAUUAGCCCUUAUAAUUGAUGGGAACAGUCUGGUAUACAUAUUAGAGAAAGACUUGGAAUACGAGCUAUUCAACCUCGCCACUUUGUGUAAAGUGGUGCUCUGUUGUAGGGUUGCACCCUUGCAGAAGGCUGGAAUUGUGGACAUGAUUAAAAGCCGCACUGAUGAUCUUACACUAGCCAUUGGUGAUGGGGCUAAUGAUGUUUCCAUGAUCCAAAUGGCGGAUGUUGGUGUUGGAAUUUGUGGUCAAGAAGGGCGCCAAGCAGUGAUGGCAUCAGAUUUUGCUAUGGGCCAAUUCAGAUUUUUGAAAAGACUGCUUUUGGUGCAUGGACACUGGAAUUAUCAGCGUCUUGGCUAUCUCAUUCUCUACAAUUUUUAUCGCAAUGCUGUUUUUGUGUUGAUGCUUUUCUGGUAUAUCUUAUGUACAGCCUUUUCUACCACUUCUGCAUUGACAGACUGGAGCAGUGUUUUUUACUCCGUCAUAUAUACUUCAGUACCUACGGUUGUUGUCGGUAUUCUGGACAAGGACUUAAGUCACAAGACAUUACUCAAAUAUCCAAAGCUCUAUGCAGCAGGGCACCGACAAGAGAGUUACAAUAUGUCCCUCUUCUGGAUUACAAUGGUUGACACAUUAUGGCAGAGUCUUGUGCUCUUCUAUGUACCAUUGUUCACCUACAGAGAGAGCACCAUUGACAUAUGGAGUAUGGGCAGCUUGUGGACAAUAGCAGUUGUUAUAUUAGUUAAUGUGCACUUGGCAAUGGAUAUUCAGCGCUGGGUAUUUGUUACUCAUGCUGCUAUAUGGGGCUCGAUUGUUGUAACAUAUGGUUGCAUGGUGGUGCUUGAUUCUAUACCUGUCUUCCCAAAUUAUGGGUUAGUCUACUUCACAAUCAUCAUAUUUGUUGAAAAUGAUCAUUUAUUGUACAUCUAUAAGAUGCACCAAUACUCAUCCAUGGUUGACACUGUGAAAUUGUUGUUGUUUUGCAGCACAAUAUACCAUCUUGUAAAAUCACCAGUUUACUGGCUCUCCAUUUUACUCAUAACGGUUAUAGGAUUGCUCCCCCGGUUUAUUUUCAAAGUUUGCCACCAGAUCUUCUGGCCCUCUGAUAUCCAGAUUGCUAGAGAAGCUGAAAUAUUGAGAAAAAGGCGACCUUUUUUUGGGUCAAAUGUGGAUCAGGAUUCAAUCUGACAUGCAUGCUUGCUAAAUUUCUCUUGUUUGGCGAGCCUUUCCUCAAGCGUGUUGAGAUGUGCCCUCCAAAUGGUGUUCAGGUUUUGAAAUUAAGCGGUAUGACCAACAUUAUGUUGUUUAGUUAUGGUUUUAUAGACAACAUUAUCUGUUCUUAAGCUGUGUCUAGUCACAUAAUUUUGAUGAUUUCCAUUGCCUUAUUAAAAUUGAUUGUUAAAAACUGGAUUAGAAUCCAAGAAUGUAUAUUCUUCAGGAAAUAAAUACUUAUUUGGUUAAGUGAAUAUUAGGAUUCUUGAGGUUAAGAAUAUUAGUUUAUGAGUAGACCAUUUCUUGUCCGAUUACAAUUAAUGAUGUUAAAUAUAGUGUUUAUCCAUUUUAAACCAUGGCUACAAUUUUCUUUUGUUUGAUCUUGCAGAAAUCUGGUGAAAUCCCACAGAUAUGUAGGAACCCUUCCUGCUAACCUUCGCUUAAAUUCUUCAUAUUUGUGCUACAUGAAGUGAUUGGCGGCAUGUGGAACAAACCGCAAAGAGGCAUGUUCGUCGUUCUGCUUGGGGCAUACAGAGUGGGGGAAGCCGAAACUGAUAAUUCUAGUGUGAGGACCAAAGAAAAAAAGACGAAUCAGGCUGCUGCUCGUUGUAUCUGACUACGAUGCUUAGUGAAAAAUUGCAGCAGUUGAGGUAAUUCUAGUUUGCCCUUGGAAAAAUGAAGAUGGGAAGGUUAAUGAAGAAGACACAGGCCUGCCUCUUGUAUAGUGUUACUAUAGAGAAUAGGUAUUUUUAUUCUAUAACCAACUAAAGAUUAUUAGAUCUUUUAGGACAUGAAAUGAAAAUUUGUUUGCUA